UAAGACCUGGGGGGAAUGUAUUCUUCCAACUUUGCUUGCCGAGUGCUCGAUCUCGAUCUCGAUCUCGAGCUUAGGGUUUUGCUAUCUGCGAUCGACAUGGAUGCCUUGGACUCCGCGGUCGAUCCCUUGAGGGAGUUCGCCAAGGACAGCGUCCGCCUCGUCAAGCGCUGCCACAAGCCCGAUCGCAAGGAGUUCUCGAAGGUGGCGGUCCGCACGGCGAUCGGGUUCGUGGUGAUGGGAUUCGUCGGGUUCUUCGUCAAGCUGAUCUUUAUCCCGAUCAACAACAUCAUUGUCGGCUCCGGUUAGGAGCUUAAGUGGCCCGAGGGGUUGCGUGCUGUUGGACGAGGGAAAUGUAUUUGCCAUCCUAUUGGUUUCCCCUGCUCCAGCAUUUUUGGUGUCACUGUGAAGAAAACUUGGUACUUGACUUCCAUGUAUGAUCGAUAACCUGUUACAUGGACCUUCUCUGUCUGGAGAGCUAUAGAUCCAGGUUCUGGUA